GUGAAUUGUUUCAGUGUCGUAAACGUUUGUUGACCCACUGUAGUGGGUACACGGUAGUUUGUAUGCGUAGAGCUUUUGAGGUUUCGUCAAUUGUCCGGUCGUUGCUGUUCACGUAGAGAGAUGACUGUAAAUCGGAAAUCUGUCUGAUAUAUGAUAUCAGAGUCUGCGGAGGUGAUGCAGUGAUGGACCGAGGCUGCCGACUGUCUCUGCUUGUUAGCCUGAGUCCACUUGAUGCCAGUCCUGAGUGACUGUGAGCCAGUUUCCAUCUGUGCCAGGGCAAAAACUCAAUCUGCAACCGACGGCUUUACACAUCUUUAAAGCUGCAAACGUUUGAGGUCGUAUUUAGUUUCAGAUUAGUUUGAAAAGUACAGGGUUUGUUAGCUGAAACCUCACCCUAGCGUUGUGCAGUCGUCGUCGUCUUAAUAGCAGAUCUAAUAAUGCUCUUAUUUAGCAAGUACGCAGCUUAGAUGAACUUCAACUUAAUCUAAACAAAUAGAGGCAGCCUGUUAUCUGUCAGUAUGGAGCCUGACGACGACGUGCCUCUCAUCUUGACCUGGGAUGAAGCAAACAGCGAUCUGCUCAGCGAGGAGACCGAGAGAGGAGACGAAAGUAAGUUAACUAUUUCUUCUCUAUAGUCAACAUGAAGGUAAUCAGAUAUAGUGUUGACUCAAGUUUGCCUUCAUAUUGGAUUUAAAACCACUACAGCCUACAAACUAGGGCUGGAACAAUAUACUUUUCACCAAAUGCGAUCCUUCCACGAUUUUUUGAUGCCGAUAAUUUUAUAUUGCGAUUCUACGAUAUUGUCGAUUUUCUCGAUAUUCAGUCUGCAUUUUUAACACCAGUGAAACAGUCGAAUGAUUGUCUACUGACUAUUUCAGGAACCGUAUUUCACCAAAAAAUACACAUCACAUGUAAGUCAGUUUUUAAGAUUUAAGGUCCUUGCACACAGGGACUGUUAUUUUGUGUGAUUAUUUCGGACAUCAAUAUUUUUUUGAAUCCGUAUCCUGUCAAUGCAAGCGUUCACACCAGCGACGUUUUCCUGUCUUGGAUAUUGCGGCAUUUAUUUUUUCGGAUCAUGGUCGAUUUUUCUAAAGUUUCAUAUACCGUGUGUCCACUUCUGACCAAUCAGAUUGCGUGUUGUUGCGAAAGUUGAAGUAGACUCCAUUUUUGUCUUCUCGCUUCCACCCGGGGCGCUGUAGGAUGGUGAAGGAAGGUCCCGCCCUCCUUCGCCUCUGAUUGGCUAUGAGUGCUGACCGUUUGGCUUGGGCAUCUGAUAACAUUUCCAGCUUUUCUAGCCAAUCAGAGGCGAAGGAGGCGGGACUUUCCCCUGGAUGCGUCUUUUUUUCCAUGAAAGUCGCAAAAUUGCAUUGGGCUUGAUGUGUAUAGUCAGGCGCGUCAAAAUUCGUCUUCGAAUAUUUCGUAUUUUCGCGUUCUAUAUUUGCAACAGCCCCAGUGUGUAAGGACCUUUAUUCUUAAAUUAAAACAAAAAACAAAAAAACUGCAUCCACACCUGUUUAGUAAUGUAGUUCUUGCGUACUGUGUGGUGAUAAUGUUAAUUUCACAGUGAUGCAUUUUUUUUUUUUUUUCAAAUUUCAACUUUAUUUUUGUCGCACUUUUCAGAUAAAAAAUGCAGUUCAAAGUGAAUCACAGAGGCUAAACAACAGUUAACAACAACAAAACCUGACCCUCCCACCCACACACCCACCCAUCGACCCACAUACACACACAAAGACACAAAGACACAUACACACACAGUGUAAGAAUUUAAGAUAUAUUGUUAAAGAGACAUGGCCUGACACCGAGACAUUACGUGAGGAAAGAGCUACCUUUGGGAGACACUGGAGAUAAAAGAUAAAAAUAGUAAAAAGAAAGAGUAAAACCUGAUGGACUAAAAUAAUAUUAAAUGAACAGAUAAGUAAGAGCUCUUUACCAUGUAAAAGGGGUAUAAGAAGUAAAAACCUAUGACAGUAAUUAAGAAAAAGACUAAGAACAGAGAUUAUUAAUAAAAUGACAUAAAAUAAACAUUAAGAACUUUGAUUAAAAUGAACAUUUGCAAUAAGAGAAAUAUGAAAAGGCAAUUAGUGAAAAGCCUGGUUAAAAAGGUGAGUCAUGAGCCUCUUCUUAAAAACAUCAACAGCCUCUGCGGCCCUGAGGCUCUCCAGCUGUUCCACAACCGGGGACUGGGUUUUUAUUAGCCUUGGUUAGCUUUGUUUAUACAGGUAUAGCAUAUUUAUUCAGAUAGAUUUUCUGAUAUGUGGUAAAUGCUGAUCUACUUACCAGAGAUGACCUUGCACAUUUUGUGAGGCUCCAUUCACUGCAUCCAUGCUGCAUGUUCAGACAAGACUACUCUAGUGUAGGAACCAGACCGUCCACCAGGCCCUGAGAUCACGUGUGUGCCACUAUGUAUGGUCGACCAUGCAUCCUCUCUACAUAGUAAUCCUGCUGCCCUUUGUGUUCCUCACAUAUAAGCUACAAAAUGACCCACCUGAGAAACUGCUGGUUCAGCAGACCAUGAACCCCUCAGCCCCUCCCUUGGGCUGAAUGUGUGUGUUUGUUUGAGUGUCUACAGUCUGUGUUUAAGUGUGUGUGUGAGCUUACUGGGACAUUUUCUCUGGCCUUGGAGUUGAACAGGAAGAGGAGAUUUUUUUUUCUUUUCUCAGGAUAUCAGACAGAGGUGGACAGUUGAAGGAAGUAUCAAUCUGUUCCUGUUGAUUGCUGUUGGAGCCUUUUUUCCUGAGUGAGAACGUUUAAACGAGACACCAAGAAAGGGGGCUGUGUUGUAUCACCUCAGAGACAGAUCACAUGCUUGGCUGGAAGUCCAUUUUUUUUGCAGAUUGUUAGCAGUCUUCAGAGAGCCACAACGCUAGAUUUUACUCAUCCUGGAAGAAACCGUCAUGACUGCUGAGUGUGUUUGUGUUUCUGUGAGCCUGACCCCUCUGUGUUUUUGACUGGGAGUUACAAACAUGUUAUUGUUCUCAAACAAGUGACUAGUUGGAGUUGCACAGUGCGGACAUAGGGGUUUACUACUGUCAGGAUAACGGCAAUGCUGCUACUGCUGGACUGGAAUUUGAUCUUAACACUUCAGCCUGAUCUGCUGCUGUUAUGAUAGAUGGGAAAAGCCUGUGACGGCAUUUCAGAGGCUCAUGUGGUCUUUUAUUCCAAGGAGUUGGGCUUGGAGCGCAAACAUGUGAUGUGCAGUGCUUUAGAGGAGCACCCAGAAGGACUCACACAGGAUUACAUUUGCAGCUGCAGAUAGACACAUGGAGGGAAACUGUUAUUUUACAUUUGUGAGAGAUCGUGCAUGAAUCUGUUCAUCUGGAUUUCUUCAGUUUCUGACAAUUGAGUUAUUGCAAGUUGAUAGAUAGAAAGAAGUACUAACUCUGUCUGGUUCAAGUUGGUCAAUUGUUUUGUUUAUGACAAUGGUGUGCCACUCUCUGAGUCUAGAUAUCUUCCUUGUUCUCUGAAUUCCUCUGGUCAGACAGGACCAACUUUUCUUGUGGUUUCUCUGUCUCACAUCUGUAUCCUGUUUCUAGCAAGAAGGAGGUGUAAUGGACAGUGUGACAUCAGUGCAUACACUGCACUUUCUCACUUGGUUCAAAGUUCAAAGUGUGCAGCUGAGGUAGGAGGGUAAUUCCACACCGCAGUCCAGGUUUGACUGUCACAAGUGAUCCUACCUUGAAUCAUAAAGACGUUUUCCAAAAGUAGAAAGUGUUUGUCUGAGACUUACUCGAUGUUAUUGUCAUUAUCAGUCAUUGCCAAUGGUGUACUGUCUCAAGCUUUAUUUUAAGUCUAGCCUAGACAUUUCCUGAUCUAAGAGGGCUCACACCUCAGAGUUUGAGGAGAUUGCAUCAGGCUUAACUGGAAUGUGCAGCCAUUUGUAUCUCCAGAUGUGUGUGGAGACUGGAAUGAGACCAGCAUACUGAGAAUGACACGCACACACACUCAAACCCAUGUGUGUUGUGGACUUUAGGGAUCUUUGAUACAUUCACAAAGCUGCAGCACACAGAGAAGUCCAAACUGAUCAAUGGAUUGCAUAUGUGGACAUGCUGCUGGUUUCCAUGAAGACCAGAUCCGAACUGAGAGUCCAGUCGUGAUCUCCUCCUAUGCCUUACAGUUUGAACUAAACUGCAUCGGUAUGCAUCUAACCUCUUCGUGUAGUGUGUGUAUAACUACGGUGGCCGAGAAGUGCCACUGCUGCAAAUAAAAAAAAAUGCCAAAAAAAAACCCAAACACAAUGAAAGUUAAGGACGCAAAAAAUUGAAGAUUAAAAAAAAAAGUUACUUACUGCUAAAACAAGAGGAUGCAAAUAAAAAAAGCCACAACAGAAGUGAGCUGCCGGGGACCAAUAAUGAUGAUGCAACGGUGUUUUACAACGGCAAGAAGACGAGCGAAGAAGUAAAUGGAAAAGUUAUUGUUUAAUUUUGCUUCGUGUGCUUUUCAAUGUGUCAUUUGGUUAGACCAUGUUGCGCCUGAAUCCAUAUUAAGUUGAACUGGAGGAUGCUAGUUUAUUGUUAGCUUCGGCUAACACGGGAAACCCACUACGCCCCAAAAGACCACCCACAAGAGGAGAAUCGAGUUCGGUAGCUUUAUGGUUUGGUUGCUUUACUCAUAGAAAUAAGUACACAGACCCCUCACUUUUUUCAUUAUUGGUGCCCGGCAGCUCACUUUCGUUGUGGCUUUUUUUAUUUGCAUCCUUUUAUUUUCUCAGUAAGUAACUUUUUUAUUUAGUUAUUUUUUUUCUGCAUCGCCACUUUUUUUUUGUAUCGUCAACUUCCGUUGUCGCUUUUAAAAAAUCUGCACCGUUUUUUUUAUUUUAUUUGUGGUGGGCUUCGGUUUCUCUUGUUUUUUCCUUGGUAACUUCCAUUGUGACUUUUUUUAUUUGCAUUCUUUUAUUUUCGCAGUAACCAACUUUUUUUUUUUUUUUCUUUUUUUCUUGCGCCGCUAACUUCCAUUGUGGCUUUUUUUAAAAAAAAAAAAGCUGCACCGUUUUGUUUUUUAUUUGCAGCAGGCUUUGUUCCUUUUUUUUUUGCAUCAGUAAUUUCCAUUGUGGCUUCUUUUUUUUUUGCAUUCUUUAUUUAUUUGCUGCAUUGGUGAUUCUCGGCCACCGUACAUCACAGUAUAUGCACAAUAUUCUAGUAGCAAUUAAGAGAUAAACAGUAAAACCAAUGCAAAUCUCGGAUGAUGUCACAAUGUGAUGAUGGUGUCCACAUUCAUUUAUAGCCAAUCAAUACACUAAUACCUGAUCAUUUUCUUCUAGAUGGAGGGGGUGGCAAUUAUGACAUAGUCGACAAUGCGGUUAUCUCGACACCAGGACCGCCAAACCACAGAGCCCAAAAUGUGUCUUUACGACAAAGCUGGGAGAUGAACUACCAAGAGGCAGCCAUAUACCUGCAGGUAUUCACAAGUAGUGUAUUUGUACUGUUGCACAUGAUUGUGUACUGGCUUUUUGUAUCCUUCAUGCCUGAUAACACAUUGAAUACUUUUUGUCCUCUAUAACAUACAGUGUUUGAGGAGUCGAUCUGUUUUCAUUGUUUACAUCCUUUUUAAGGUUUUAGCCUGUUUUUCAUUGCCUUUGUUGGUGAGUUACCAUGCUACCAACUUUCACCAACUUUUAAAAAAACAGGUUGAGUCUGUUAAAGUCCACUAAAGCACCAGUACCAUCCAGUAUUGAAUACAAAAAAGAGGAAAAAAAGAAAAUACAACAUCAAUAUUUUCGACAUCCGGCUUUAUAGCAUCACGUAUACCUUGCACCAUCACACCAGUGUGUCAGACUUAUUGUGUAUUCUGUAUGUGGGCUUUAAAUUUCACACACAGGAAGGAGAGAACAAUGAUAAGUUCUUUACGCAUCCUCGUAACCCCAAAGCGCUCGCGGCGUACCUGUUUGCCCACAACCACCUGUUCUACAUGAUGGAGCUGCUGACAGGCUUGUUGCUGAUGAUGUUGUCUCUGUGUGAAGCUCCUGCUGUUCCCUCUCUGCGCCUGGAUGUCUACGUAAGUUAAACCAAAUCACUACAUUAAAACAAACACAAUUAUACAAGGCUGUAUGGGCAGAAAACAAGAUAUUGAAUGUCUCUGCAGGUCCAUGCCACUCUGGAGCUGCUGGCUUUGGUUAUGGUGGCUUUUGAGCUCUGCAUGAAACUGCGCUGGUUAGGCUUCCACACCUUCAUUCGACACAAGAGGACCAUGGUUAAGGUGACUCCAAAGAUCCAGAUCAUAGUUUGGGAUCCAGGUUGCAAUGUUCACGAUAUCUUAUCUCUUUUUGUGCAGACAUGUGUGUUGCUGCUACAGUUUGUGGAGGCCAUAGUGGUUCUGAUCAGACAGACGUCUCAUGUGCGGGUAACCAGAGCUCUCAGGCCGAUUUUCCUGGUGGACUGUCGAUACUGCGGUGCUGUACGCAGGUACAUAAUGACUGACUUUCAUAGUUAUGCUUUGUGAACUGGUAAUCACUCACCUGCUUCUUCCAUCUUAUCAGAAACUUGCGUCAGAUCUUCCAGUCCCUCCCACCUUUCAUUGACAUCCUCCUUCUGCUGCUCUUCUUCAUGGUUAUUUUUGCGAUCUUGGGUAAGAAAAAAUAUUGAUUGAACAUUUAAUUAAGGACUUUCUUCUUCUUUUGUUGAAUAAGAAAGAAUGAAGAUGUCUGUCUUUAGAGGGUUUAGUGUUUGAUGGUUCUUUUGUCCUCCUUUAGGUUUCUGUCUCUUCUCUACAAACUCAUCAGACCCGGUACAUUAAGUUUUUUUCUUUUUACAUUAGAUUGUUUUAGUUAUAAAUGUUUUAAAACUCUACUGAUCCUUUUGUGUAGUAGUCAGAGUUCUUGACUCACCCCUCUCCUUUCGCUGCAGUACUUCAGCACUCUGGAGAACAGCCUGGUCAGUCUGUUUGUGCUCCUAACUACAGCAAAGUAAGAAUAAUAUCUGUAUUUACACGGCAUAGCAGCACUACUUCCUCCUUUCAGAGCUUAUAGUACAUGUAUUUUUGCCUGACUGCAUGUGUGUUUAGGCUGAUUCUACAGUUUUCACCAUGUGUCUUGUGGUUCUUCCUCUUCCUUCUCGUUUUCUUCUAGUUUCCCUGAUGUGAUGAUGCCGUCUUACUCAAAGAACCGCUGGUCCUGUGUUUUCUUCAUUGUUUACCUCUCCAUAGAGCUCUACUUUGUCAUGAACCUGGUAAAAAUGUUUUUCUUUUUUUAAACAAUAUGUCUUAUCUGCCAUCUAGCAGAUUUUCUUAUCAGAAAAAGACCUGCCUUUCAGUCAGCGGGCCUUUUUACCCAAAUACUCAUGAGAAUCCCUCUGCUGUCAUGUCUCUGUCCUCUCCAGCUCUUGGCUGUGGUGUUUGACACAUUUAAUGAUGUCGAGAAGAUGAAGUUUAAAUCUCUCCUGCUUCACAAGCGUUCAGCCAUCGACCACGCAUUUCAGUUGUUGGUCAGUCGUCAGGUACAAGCACACUAUCCUCUGUCGUCUAAAGAUACAGUUGGUCCGAAGCCCCUCCCCUUGCGGCCGCUGAGUUUGUCUACAUUUCCUCUCGUGUUUUCAUUUCCCCAGAGGCCGAUGGGUGUCUCGCUCAAACAGUUUGAUGGCUUGAUGCGGUUUUACAGACCGCGGAUGUCCGCACGAGACCGCUUCCUCACAUACAAAGCUCUGAACACCUCAGGUGCUCCCAUGCUCAGGUGACUGACUAUGACAUACACUCCUUUAUUAAAAGUUUGCAUUUUCAUCUAACUUGAUUUAAUGGGUGUUUUUUUUUUGCUACAGUCUAGAUGACUUUUACAAAUUCUAUGAAGUCACUGGCCUUAAAUGGAAGGUAAGCCGCACUGUGCAGAUUGGAUUCACUGUCUUGCAUGUGCUGUUUGCCAUUAUAUUGUUGUCUGUGUGUUGUGUUGUUAAGGCACGGCGCAGUGGAGAGCAUUGGUUUGAUGACCUUCCACACACGACCUUCCUCAUUUUCAAAGGCAAGUUCUCAGUUUUGUUUUUGUUUCUUUCACUUUGCUUUAUUUACUCCAUAAAUCAGUUUAUGUUUGAUGUCUUCAGUGCUCUAUCUUUCUUCUCUAACAGGCAUUAACCUGCUGGUGAAGUCAAAAGGCUUCCAGUAUGCCAUGUGUAAGUGUAAUUCUCGACAUGCUCUUAGCUGACCAUCUCGACACUGGAACGAAGCUUAGCAUCAACUUAAUAAUCAUUUCUUGUGGCUGCAGAUGUGGUAGUCGCCAUCAAUGGAGUGUGGAUCCUUGUGGAGACGUACAACCUCGAAAGUAAGAUUGAUUCCCUCUAAACACACACAUCACUGAAGAGGAGGGUUCUUGCUCAGCAGACUUUCUCACCUUGCUCUCCUUGUGCAGGUGGAUUCUCCUGGUCCAGAUCUGUCCCCUGGAAUUAUAUUGUGUUCCUGACCAGUGAGUAUGCUGCAGGCUGAGUGUUCACACGCUGUAUGAAACGGUUAUAGAGGGUGUUUUAACCUGUACCGGGAUGUACUUACACUGACAUUAACUGUGCAUCUGUCUUUUCACUUGUAGUUUAUGGUGUAGAGGUGUUAUUAAAAAUUUCUGGUUUGGGACCGAUGGCUUAUUUCAGCUCUGGGUGGAAUCUGUGAGUAAUAACAUGGAUACUGGGUCUAUCGGCAUAUUAGCUGGGUACUGAAUCCAAUGCUUUAAACUUGUGGACUGCAGCUUUUGAAACUCAUGAGCGCAGGUUCACAACAGUGAGCAUAAGACUAGAGCUUCAUUUAGUCUCUAAAUUUGGAUUCAGUACUUUCAGUGAAAUAUCUAAAAUUUUGAAAUGGCUUUCUUUGUGAAAACACCCCUCUAAAAAGUUGCCUUUAUGUGGUUUCUGCUCCAGGUUUGACUUCUCAGUGACUGUAUUUGCCUUCUUGGGCCUGAUUGCUCUGGCCUUUGAUAUGAAGCCAUUUUACUUUAUCGUUGUUCUCAGACCUCUCCAGCUGCUGCGGUAUGCAUGUAUUCAUACACAUUAUACAUCUGUGUAUGCACCUCUACCUCCUUUUAUGUCUGGAUCUCAUUCUGUUGUCUCCCACAGGUUGUUUAAGAUAAAGCAGCGGUAUCGUAAUGUGUUGGACACCAUGUUUGAGCUCUUUCCCAGGAUGGCAAGUCUAGGUCUGACCCUGAUCAUCUUCUACUACUCUUUUGCGAUUGUGGGGAUGGAGUUCUUCGCUGAUGUGGUUCAUCCAAACUGCUGCAAGUGAGUCAUGACAUCAUCAUUAUUUUGUGGUAAUCUCACCUUGUCUCUCUUGGUUACAUAUUCAUUUCUAUUUAGCACCAGAGUGUAAUAAUGAUCAAUAGCAAUGACCUCAACUUUCACAUUUCUGCUUUGUUCCUUUUUAGCACCAGCACAGUGGCAGACUCCUACCGACUGAUCAAUGUCACCCAUGGCAACAAAACAGUGCUGGAAGAAGGCUACUAUUAUCUCAACAACUUCAACAACAUUCUGAGCAGCUUCGGUGAGUCCACUCGUUUUAGGACAUACACAUGCUGACACAUGCACAGACAGGACCCUCAAAAACGUGCAUUAAUUCAGAGAUGUUUGAGUCAGAGACUGUACAUAGUUGAGCAGCCCAGAUAGUAAGGUAUAAGGUGCUUUGCGUAAGGGCACCUUGUCAAUGCCGACAAAGUGAACUGGCACCUCUCCAGCCACCAGUUCUAUUCCCAGACUAAGUCUGCAGCAGAACUUGGACCAGUCAUGCCGGUUCCCAAGCCAAGUCUCUGCAGACUGAGCCACUGCUGUGCCAACGGUUUAAAGAGUACUGAAACAGCAGAAUUGGAGCUUUGUUUGGGACUGUUUUGUGUGGUUUGCUGAUGUUUUUGACUUUUUUUUCUCUGCUUGUGGAGACAGAUUUUUGUUUUCUUGCAAAAUGUGCAUUUUGUCUGUUUUAUAUAAAUCUGUUUUUUUCCUCCAGUGACUCUGUUUGAGCUGACUGUGGUCAAUAACUGGUACAUCACUAUGGUAAGAUCUCAUGAUUUCUGUGUGCUCCUCUAUCAGUCAUCACUCUGCAGUAUUGCCACCGUCUCAUUAAUGCCUUGUUCCCUUUUCCACAGGAAGGGGUCACGUCCAUGACGAGCCACUGGAGCCGGCUGUACUUUAUGACCUUUUACAUUGUUACCAUGGUGAGGAGGCCAUGUGCAGAUUUAUUUGCUGACUUGUUUGUGAGAAAUCUACACAUUUGUCUCUUUUCAUGCUUACCAAUAUGAAUAUGAAUGUGUUCCUCUGAAGGUGGUGAUGACCAUAAUUGUGGCGUUCAUUUUGGAUGCGUUUGUGUUCCGUAUGAACUACAGUCGCAAGAACAGGGAACCAGUGGAGAACCCUGAGGGUGAGACAAUGCAUGUGUGAUGGUGUAUUUUUUCAUAAAAAGGUACCUUUGUAUGACUCUAACACAAAACACCUUGUAAUGCAGAUAGAAAGAAACAGAAAGCUUACUCAAAGUGGGUUUUUUUGCUGCUAGUUUAGUGUGUGUGUAGUUAUGAUCAUCACUUUGUGUUCAUUUCUAGAUGAGAACGGUAUCGUGUUUGAGGUAGAGGUGAGUCGUGAUGAAUCUCUGGCCAUUUUGGAGCUGUAUAAACAGUUCUGCUCAGGACUGUCCUCCCUCAGCUCUCUUCAGGGAGUCCUACAAGCCAUGGACAGGGGCGGGGUAAGAACCACACCUCUCUGUACCUCUUUAUGCUCUGUACUACAGUUGAAGUCCCACUAACUGGUUUUCCCUCCUGGUUUUGUGUACACAGCACACUUCUCUGGUGUACCUCGGCCGCAGGUCGAGAACAAAGAGUGAUCUUAGCAUGAAAAUGUACGAGGAGGAGAUACAGGUAAUUCUUAAAAGAUACUCCUGAAUACCGAGAGGUCCUCAUGUUUGAUAUUCUCCUCAUCUUUUCUGUGCUUCUUUCUCCAGGAGUGGUAUGCAGAGUAUUCAAGGGAAAAUCUGCCGCAGACAAACCAAAGCCCUGGGCUCCCUGAGCAGGAGCUGGACUGUCCCGUUUCUGACCUGUCUUCCUUCCCCGAGCCUCAGCUCAACUCGCAGACUGGGCCUCUCAGCAUCAACUAAGUCCCAGCAGUACAUAUGCUCCACUAUAUCAGUGUUUUUAAACUGCUAAGAUAAAUCCAUCACUCCAGGAGUUUUCCACAUCUCCACAUAUAAUCACUUCAGCGAGGGGGAAAAUCUGGGACCUCAUGGACUCAUAAGAAAUGACUUGAUACGAGUCCUUCCUGAAGCCUGAAACCAUCAAUACGGACUAAAUGACUGGAGUAGAGAUGUGUUAUUGGACCAAUGAAACAGGAUGCCGCCCUCUUUUGGCCUUUCUGAAGACUGCAGCAGACAUGAGCGAGGGGCCUGAACUAUUACCGCCUGUUGUGUACGUACUGUAUACUCUUGAAGGCCUUUUGUGGCCUCCUGUUAACCACAGAGGACUUUAACGUGAUGCCUUAGAUCAGCGGCUCAUACAAACUAUUAAUCUCUACUAAAACAUAAAGACCAAAACUCCACGCAGAUACACUCCUUUCAGCUCAAUCCCAACAAUACCAGCCCGACGUCUCUCCUAACUAAUGUCUCCAAAAACUUUUAAUUAUUUUCCUUUUUUAUAACUUCUUAUUUCUGUAAUGUAUUUUAGUUAGCGGAUAAGGAAUUGUAUUAAACUGUUAAAAUUUGU